GGAUUAUUAAUGUCUAUAGUGUAGGAUUUUGAAUCAUGCAUCAGUAAUUGUUUUCGUAGCCGCUUAAAAUAAUUUCAGGAAGUGAGAGCCAAAGAAUGCAUCACACAGCAUUUGUCUUGGUGUAGAAGGAACAGAUGCAAAAUGAAAUCGAAGUGGUUCGAGUUCCAAGCUGUGUGGAUUCUCCUUAUUUUACCAACUUUCAGUGGAGAAAGCCUGUGCAAAAAUGAAUAUUUAACACACAUUAACAUUUCUACUGAGCUCCAGUCUGAUGUCCUGCUGCCGUGUAGCUUUAAUCCAACUCUCCUCGGAUCAGAUAAGACUGCAGAUAUAUCAGUAGUGUGGAGUCAAAAGAACACAACAUCACACAAUCUACUGGAGAUCCUUCUAAAGGGAGAACUGCGUCCCUGGAAUAACAAAGGUAGACGCAUCAAGGCGUUUCCUGAGCUCUCUGAAUCUGGAAACUUCUCCAUCCUCCUUGAGAAAGUGCAGCCGUAUGAUGUGGGUCUCUACAGCUGUGAGCUGUUUAAUGGGACCAGCUGCAGCAUUGCGUAUCAGGAGAUACAGCUAAGCCUUAUGAUCCAUCGUUCCUCUCUGUUAUUGUGGAGCAUAGUAGGAGCAUUAGCAGGAGGAAUUGUGCUGCUUGCUGUACUCACAGCUUAUUUGUUACACGCAAAACGCAGAAAAAAUAUCAUUGUUACAGAAACUUACGAUGAAAACGUUGUGGGUGCAGUAGCACAUACAGACAGAGGAAGUAAAUCACUUGAGAAUCCAAUAUAUGACACUUCCUGUCGGCUAGAAUCCAGUAACUGUGCAAGAGAAGAAGAAGAAGGGGUUUCAUCUGAUACUCCAGUGUAUGCCACGGUCAAGAAAGGAAAAAUAGUAAAUAGCACCUAAAGCAAGCCAUGAACAUAGUGCGAUGUUUUAUAGGAAAACGAAUUUUGAUAUGUACCAAAGCUGAAGAUAUAGUUUGAUAGUUUGCCUCAUGUCAUUUUUAUUAUGCAAUCAAUAAAACUUUGUGAUGUAAUGCAUAACGUAAUCUUAAUACUUUCAUUACUGAGUUACUGAUUGAUUUUAGACCUCCAUCUAAUAUCAUGACCAGCCAUCAGUGGUGCUGCAUAUUUGUGCUUUUGCCCCUAUGUCAGGGGUCACUGCUUCUUGCUCAUUUUGUUGCUUUCGUAUGAAACAUGCUGCUAAUAGUAGGCUGUACAACUAUGCAUGUACUUGUUUAAUAUCUCCCAUUUCUUCCCUGGAUGCUUUUAAUCAUUUCCAAGAACCUCGUAAACAAAUAAUAGUUUCGCUUUCCUUUGCAUUUGGGUUUUAUUGUUUUGGGUUACACACAUGAAACUGUCUUUCUCCUACCUUAAAAAAGAGUGGCAAAUAAAGUGCGUUAUUGCUUAUGUUUUUAUUUUAC